AUGUUAAAUUCAGCCAAAGCCGAAACUGAUACUAUUAAUAGCCAUGUCACCUCCUCAGCCAACAUGGAAAAUAUAUCCGAAAAUAUCCACGCAAAUAUACCCGAAAAUAUAUCCGAAAAUAUCCUGUUGACAUCAAAAUGCAUCCUCCCCGACAAUCCAAUAGAGGUCAACGGCUACGAUUUUAAUGACGGUCUCAACUGGAAUGCUUUUUUUAGCUCGUUUCAGACAAUGGGAUUCCAGGCAUCCCUCUUUUACGAGGCGUGCAAAACUGUAGACGAAAUGGAAAAUCCCUCUUUUAAGCUGUUCCUCGGAUACACAUCUAAUAUGGUCUCGUGCGGUAAUAGAGAGAUCAUCCGGUUUCUUGUUGAACAUAAGCUUGUCGACGUUCUUGUCACAACUGCCGGCGGCAUUGAAGAGGACAUUAUAAAGUGUCUUGGCCCAACUCUUUUGGGCGAAUUUGAAGCCUCCGGAGAGAACUUGAGGGCCAGAGGUCUCAAUCGGAUAGGAAAUCUGCUGCUACCCAAUUCAAAUUACUGCGCCUUUGAGGAAUUUCUUAAUCCCAUUCUUGAUGAAUGCUUGGACACCCAAGUUCGGGUCGUAGGAGAGGAUGCAGACACUGACCUCAAUCUCGACAGAACUCUAUGGACGCCUAGCAGGUUUAUACGGAAACUUGGAGAAAAAAUUAACAAUUCUUCCUCCAUUUAUUAUUGGGCCUACCGGAAUGACAUUCCGGUAUUCAGCCCGGCCCUCACAGAUGGCUCAAUUGGAGAUAUGAUGUUCUUCCAUUCCAUAAAGAGAGGAGGCCUUGUACUAGAUAUAAUUCAAGACAUCAAACUGCUCAAUGGAAUUGCCAUAAAGGCCGAAAUGACUGGCAUAAUUAUUCUGGGCGGCGGGAUCCCUAAACAUCACAUUUUCAAUGCGAAUCUUAUGAGAAACGGAGCCGACUAUGUUGUCCUCAUAAACACUGGAAACGAGUUUGAGGGGAGCGACGCUGGAGCCAGUCCGGACGAAGCCAAGUCGUGGGGAAAGAUCAAGGCCGCUGCUCGUCCAAUCAAAGUACAUGGAGAGGCCUCGAUACUGUUUCCUCUUUUGGUUGCUAAUACUUUUGCAAAAACAAUUAAUUUAUAA